AUGCGCACAUCAUCCCUCCUAGCCGUCGCGGCCGCGUCGAUCCAGCAUGUCUAUGCUGCUCCGUACGACGCGGAGAUUGCCAGCGCCUUGCAGGGACGCCUCCGAAUCGGAGAUGCUGGCUUUACUUGUCGCGUGCUCGAGGCUGUUCUAGGCAGUGAAGUCGUCGUCACCUCUCAGGACUUGGAGUAUACCGCACAAGAACAGGCAAACUACUCCCCGACGUGCUGGUUGUCCGCGGCCUGCUUUGUUAGUCCCGAGGACAUUGACCAAGUCUCUGCGGCCGUUCGCAUUAUCGGUGCAUUGCAGACUCCCUUCUCGAUUCGUAGCGGUGGAAAGAACCUCAACCCAGGAUUCGCCAGUGUUGACGAAUCGGGCGUGUUGCUCAGCCUGGCCAAGCUCACCCGAUUGGAGUUGGCCGAGGACGAGGGCUCCCUCAACAUCGGACCAGGAGUGUUGUGGGACGAGGUGUAUGAUUUUGUCGUCCCCAAGGGCCUGGUUGUUGUCGGCAGUCGCUACAACAAAGUCGGCGUCCCGGGCUUCCUCCUCGGUGGCGGUAUCAGCUUCUACACCAACCAAUACGGUGUCGCCAUCGAUAACAUCAAGAGUUUCACAGUCGUCCUCGCGAGCGGCAAAGUGGCCGUGGCUAGCUCCUCCAAGCAUUGCGACUUGUACAGGGCUCUAAAGGGAGGCAACUCCAACUUCGGAGUCGUCGUCAACUUCGAACUCUACACCUACCCCCAUGAAACCCUCCACUGGCAGACCAGAGGAUACAACCCUGAAGAUGCCGGUGCGAUCCUGGAAGCCUACGCCGAAUUCCAACUCACCGGAAUGUCCGAUCCUCUUGCGCGCGUCGACAUGAACAUUUUCGGCGACCGACCCAUCAUCAUCAUGAUCUACAACGGCGGCGCGCCCCCGCCUGGUACCUUUGAUGCCUUCCUUCACCUCACGGUCCCCUUUGAAGAGCUCGUCCCACCCACCAGCGGCACUUACCUCGAGCUGCAAGCGAUCCAAGCAAUCCGCUUCGUCAAAGAGCACCCUCACAACUACGGCGAGACAUUCAGCCACACGAUCGACGGGACCUACAUGGCCGAGAUUGAGCAGCUGUUCUUGGAGCUCAUGGUCGAGCCCUCUAACACCUACGAAAACUUCUCGUUUCUCUGGGUACCCGUCGCCAUGCCGGCUUCCGUCGCCAGAGACGACAACGUACUGGGCAUUGAGCCCGUGGAGCAGCAGUGGCACGAGUGGAUGAUUGAGUGGGACAACGACGAGUACAACGACGCCAUGCUGGAACUGGGGCACAACAUCACGGCCGUGCUGACGGCUGCGACCGAGGAGGCGGGCACGCUGCUGCCGUACCUCUUCAUGAACACGGCCGGCGGUUCGCAGCCGGUGCUCCAGAGCUACGGAGAGGAGAAUGUCGCCUUCAUGAAGGCUGUGGCCAAGAGGUAUGACCCGACCGCGGUGUUCCAGAGGCAGUUCGGUGGUUGGUUGCUCCGAGAUCUUUAG